GAUCGCUAGUCGCUGCAACAGUACUCGGCUGGGACUACUUAGGAGCUCAGUGAGUUCUCGUUCGGUUCACCAUCCACGAGUCCCUCUCGUUCACCUGCGAUUGGUCACCGAGAAGUGAGAAACAGGGGCGAGCAUGGAAGAGCUGACCGAAAUCCAGUCCUUUUACAAGGGCAAGACGCUCUUCAUUACCGGUGGCUCUGGCUUCAUGGGAAAGGUGCUCGUGGAGAAGCUGCUCUUCAGCUGCAGCGACCUCGACAAGAUCUAUUUACUUCUCAGGCCUAAAAGGGGUCGCACCCCCGAACUUCGAGUCGACGACAUGUUCAAGAGCCCCAUGUUCAACAGGGUCAGGAAAUUGAAACCCCAAGUCUUCAAGAAGGUAGUGCCCCUCUUGGGGGACGUCACCCUCGAGAAUCUCGGCUUGACCCAGGAACAGCUGGAGCUUCUUGAGAACGAAGUUCAUGUAUUCUUCCAUGGGGCAGCGACCCUGAGGUUGGAGGCGAAGCUGAAGGACGCCAUAGAGAUGAACACGGUAGGCACCAAGAGAGUGCUGGACCUGGCCAAGCGGAUGAAGAAGCUGCAAGCAUUCGUCCACCUGAGCACCGCCUUCUGCCACGUGGACCAGGCGGAGCUCGGCGAAAGAGUCUACGAUUCUCCAGACGACCCCCAGGAUGUCAUGAGACUCAUCCAAUGGAUGGACGAGAGUGCCCUCGACCUCGUCACGCCCAAAUUGCUGGACCCACACCCGAAUACGUACACCUACUCGAAACGUCUUGCCGAAACUUUGGUGGCCAACGAGUAUCCGAAUUUGCCCUGUGCCAUUGCCAGGCCUUCGAUCGUUACGCCGUCAUGGGUAGAACCUCUUCCGGGAUGGGUGGACAGCUUGAAUGGACCCGUUGGUCUCAUCGUGGCAGCGGGCAAAGGUGUAAUUAGAUCGAUGCACUGCAACGCCAAUUACCACGCCGAAGUAAUCCCAGUCGAUAUGGCAAUUAAUGCCCUAAUAGCUAUCGCACAUAGAAUCGGCACCAAUACGCUCGAUAGGUCGAAAAACAUGCCGGUGUUCAAUAUCACCCAGAGUGGCGUCAAGCCCAUCACGUGGGGCGAAAUCUUGGAGAAAGGUAAAAAGGUAGCCCAUGAAUAUCCCUUCGAAGGUGCGAUAUGGUUCCCCGAUGGCGACAUCCGCACCAGCAAGUUCGUGCACAACCUCAUCGUCUUCUUCUUCCACAUCCUGCCAGCGUACUUCAUAGACUUCCUGAUGCUGAUCUUCCGGCAAAAGAGAUUCAUGGUGAGAAUCCAGAAACGCAUCUCGGACGGGUUGGAGGUUCUCCAAUAUUUCACGACCAGGGAGUGGGUCUUCCACAACACGAAUCUGCUUAUCCUCUGGGGAGAGAUGAAUCCUAGGGACAAAAAGAUCUUCCCUAUAGACUUCUUGGUCAUCGACGAGGUCGAGUACAUGAAAAAGGUGAUUUUGGGGGCGAGACAGUACUGCAUGAAGGAAGAUCUCUCAACCUUGCCGAAAGCUCGGACGCACCAGAAGAUAUUGUACGUUCUUCAUGUGACGACCGUCUACUUGUUCUACUUCGGCAUCCUCUACUUCAUCUACAAACAGUCCGAAGUAGCCAGAUUUUGCCUGGACUCGGUUACGGAGAAGAUGAAGUCGCUACCGAUAAUCGGCGGUUUGGCGAAUAAGGCUCACCUCUGAAUAUUCGAGCAUCUCCUCGGUGCUCCUCCCUGCUCAUCUCCAUGCAUCUCUACGGCAUUGCACCCUUUAUGCACUAGAAUGCAGCCAGGAACUCGGAACUUGCGAUAGCGCGAAGACGACGAGUCAGUCGAGUGCAACGAGCUCGAGCUCGGCCUCGAAAGCUCGAAAGCGAAGAAAAGCUCUUGGCGAGGCUUUUUUUCCUGCUCUGGUCAGACCUUGAAAGAAAUAAUCCUAAAGACACACGGCCUGAACCUUUUUCCCCUUUUUCUACCGCACAUACCGUGACUGGAUGUACCUUUAGGAUUAUCCUCGUGUUCGACCUUUACCCGUCGUUCUUGAAUCUCAAGGCACGGAAUCGCGAUUCCGAUUAUAUACAUAUUUUUUUUAGCUAAUUUAGGGGAAAAGUUUGUAAAAUAGGGAAUAUUGUAGGAACUUGAUGCCCGAUAACCUACCCAAGAGCGGUUUAACAGUCCUAAAUCAAAGUUACUCCUGGUAAAUCCCAUCAUCGUGUUCAACCAUUCUCCUUCGUGCAUCGUACUCGAAUCCCGAGGCACGGAAUCGCGAUUCCGAUUUUGUUUUAUUUUUUCUUUAGUUAAUUUAAGGGAACAGUUUGUAAAAUAGGGAAUACUGUAGGAACUGGGUACCCAAAAACCUAGAACUCCGUUCACAGAGCGGUUCAACAGUCCUCAAUCAAAGUUGCUCAUGGGUAAAUCCUGGGACUUGCUCAAUCCCCGUCCACUCCGGCGAGGCCGUGAUCGAUGACGCUAAUCCUAUGCAAAUUUGGAACCCUUUUUUUAUUUCACAUUCGUUCUCUAGCGGGGAAUAAAGCGUUUAAUCCAGGCAGGAUUCCCUUGUAGACUCGCCGCGGAAUUAAUCAAUUACCGGCAGUCAGGGUCUUGUUUUACACGCGGCCGCAAUUACCGCAUUUACUCCGUAGAUAAUCAUUAGCCAUGGGAGUGUUGACACUCGGCAGGGCAGUUAUCCCCGAAAUUAGCCGCAAAUGGCGACGUGACAUGCCAAAUGGGUAAAUACAUUCACCCCUCUAGCGCUGCUCUUUUUUAAUGGAAAACGUCCAUCUGACUCAGAAUUUUUAGAGUCAGGCUGCGGCCCGAAGCAUCGUAGAUCGUACACAAUUUAAUCUCUUUACAGAAUAAAAGAGUACAUGGCGGCAUCAUACUGUACAUAUGUACGUACAUAUCUGCAUCACGGACCGCGCGCGUCGAUGCGAACUUUUAAUCUGCACACCCAUUCCUAUCGAAUAUUGGAUGUGCUCGAUGGGAAACCAACUCGACUCUUUCCCCUUUGUUAUGCAAUUAUUUUCACAUUCAAUCCAUGGUUCAAUCACAGUGCCGAGGUGCACGUGAGUUCGCGGUUAAUCGACCUCAUCGCGGUGAAAUUUCCUCGAUAGUAAUGCGAGCCGAAAGAGUGGAGUCAAUCACCGGGGAAAAUUGCCUCCACUUUUAGAACCCCUUUCUUCACAAUUUUAGCGCUAAAGAUGUAUCGAUCGAUGCUUAAUCAUCCGUGUUUAUCAGUUUUCUUGACUUUUCGUUUCAUGGAGUUCGUCAUUUAAGUUCUUCGUUCCGGCUGAAAGAGGGAUUCCUUUUCACACCUGGAGAAAAGAAGUUGGGUUGGCUUAUAGAAAUAUGCAUUGCGACGAUAAAAUCCUGCAAUCACAUACGUCCAAAGAAAUGUCAGAUUGAAUAAAUAGAAUUCGACUGAA